AUGAAGGCUGUCGUCCUUCUCGCCCUUUUUGGCUGCACGAACGCUUUGUUUAACCUCCUCGGACUCGGUGGAGGCGGUGGCGGCGGUGGCUGCUGUGCUCCACCUCCGCCAGCAUGCGGAGGAGGAUGCGGAGGCGGUGCUGCUCCAGCUCCAGCUCCAGCCGCUGGAGGCUACGCCACCGCACCAGCAGGAUAUGCUGCUGCACCACCUCCACCGCCGCCGCCGCCACCACCGCCACCGCCUCCGCCACCAGCACCGAUUGGUGGUGGUUACGCUGGAGCUGGUGGAGCCGGUGGAGGCGGAUAUGCCGGAGCUGGAGGAGCGGGAGGUGGCGUCUACGCCGGAGCUGGACAAGGUGGACUCGGUGGCGGCAGCUAUGCGGGAGGAGCCGGGGGAGGCGGCGGUGGCUACGCAGGAGCUGGAGGAGGCGGAGGCGGUAGCUAUGCGGGAGGAGCUGGAGGAGCAGGAGGCGGUGCCGGAGGAUACGCUGGAGGAGCAGGAGGCGGUGCCGGAGGAUACGCUGGAGGAGCAGGAGGCGGUGCCGGAGGAUACGCUGGAGGAGCUGGAGGAGGCAGCGGCGGAUACGCUGGAGGAGCUGGAGGAGUUGGAGGAGCUGGAUACGCCGGUGGAGCCCAGGGAGGAUCCGGAGGAGCCCAAGGAGGAUACAGCGGAGGUGCUCAGGGAGGAGCCGGAGGAUACAGCGGAGGUGCUCAGGGAGGAGCCGGAGGAUAUGGAGGAGCUCAAGGAGGAGGCGGCGGUGGCGGCUAUCAAGAGCAGCAAGCAGCUGUCGCUCCAGUCGAGCAAGCCCCAGCCCCAGCUCCAGUUCAAGAGCAGACCUUCAGCGCUCCAGCGCAAGCGCCGGCUACUCAGGAUUACGCUCCACAACCACCACAACAAGCCGCCAAUGCGCCAUCAAGCGGAGGAUACCGUAAAAAGUUCGCGACCGCUUAG